AUAUAUCCUGCUUUUACCUUUACUGACAUGUCGUGAACCAUAUCCACUUCCAGUGUUUUCAUUAAAUUUGUCAAAGGAUAGUAAACGCUGUGCAACAGGACGUCACUCAGUCUCAUAGCUUGCAAGUAGAGCUGGAUAACCUCGGCCCUUUAUGCAGGUCGCCAGUUUCCAUCCCAGAUUCCAAGCAUCCUGGAUACUUGAAUUCAUCCCCUGUCCGGCCUUGGGUGAGUGCGUAUGGAUAGCAUCGCCGACGAAAAAGACGCAAUACUUCGGGUCGGAGAAACGAGUGGCCAAUCGUUGCUUAAGUCAGUAUGAGGACCACCAGUCGCAUAGCUGUAAUUUCCGAGUACACGGAAAACAAGCAAUUAUCGAGCAUUAUGACACAAUCAGGUCAUUGGUCCCUCCGGAGCGACUGUUAGAGUAUGAAUUGCGAGAUGGUUGGGGGCCGCUAUGCGAGUUUCUAGAGUUGGAAUGUCCGAAAGAGGAAUUUCCUUCGGGGAAUGAUGGGGGUGACUUCAAGGCACUUGUAAGGCAGUUGGAUUGGAUGAGGGUGAGGGAGGCAGCGUGGCAGAAUCGAUGGAUGGCUGCUGUUGUAGUAGUGGCUGCAGCUGGCUUGAGAUAUUUCUCGACUUGACGAGGUAUAGAUGGCCGCGUUUAGAAAAGUUGUUGCUUCCUUGUACCUAAGCUACAUUCUAG